CCCGCCCCCUUCGAUGGAAACGCGGAGUUCUAACCACUGGACCUCCUGAGAAGUCCCUAACUCGCUCUAAAACGAGAAUUUGCUUCCUUCUAACGAGGCCAAGAAGCGCUGGGCCCCGCGGCGAGACCCCACAGGUCUCUCGGGCUAACAAGCGGGAAGCCAAAGAAAGAUCUUAAUCGCCCAGAACGGAAGUUCCUGAGCCUUCACACCCGCGGGGAAGUAACUCGGAAACGGACCAAGAUGGCGGCGCCCAGUGAGGGGACAGCCUUUGCCUCGGGGGUCGAAAAGAAUUGGAGUGCGGUUGUUCGCUCUCCAGAAGGGACUCCCCAAAAAGUCCGGCAGCUGAUAGAUGAGGGAAUUGCCCCGGAAGAGGGAGGCGCCGGCGCCGAAGCGAAGGACACAUCUGCCACAUUCCAGUCAGUUAAUGGAUCACCCCAAGCAGAAGAACCUCCGUUGGAAUCUACAAGCAAAGAAGCCUUCUUUAGCAGAGUGGAAACAUAUUCUUCUCUGAAAUGGGCAGGCAAGCCCUCUGAGCUGUCUCCCUUGGUCUGUGCAAAAUAUGGCUGGGUCACAGUUGAGUGUGAUAUGCUGAAGUGCUCCAGCUGUCAGGCUUUCCUCUGUGCCACUUUACAACCAGCUUUUGAUUUUGACAGAUAUAAGGAACGAUGUGCUGAGCUGAAGAAAGCCUUAUGUACUGCCCAUGAGAAGUUCUGUUUCUGGCCAGACAGCCCCUCUCCAGAUCGAUUUGGGAUGUUGCCAUUGGAUGAGCCCACUGUUCUUGUUAGUGAAUUCCUAGAUCGUUUUCAAAGCCUUUGUCACUUGGAUCUCCAGCUUCCUUCCUUGAGGCCAGAGGACAUAAAAACUAUGUGCUUGACAGAAGACAAGAUCAGUCUUCUCCUGCACCUGCUUGAAGAUGAACUUGAUCACCGGACUGAUGAGAGAAAAACUGCAACCAAAUUAGGCUCAGACAUCCAAGUGCACGUCACUGCCUGUAUUCUCUCCGUGUGUGGCUGGGCGUGUAGUUCUUUGUUGGAACCCAUGCAGCUCUCCCUGAUAACUUGUUCACAGUGUAUGAGGAAGGUGGGGCUCUGGGGCUUUCAGCAGAUCGAGUCGUCCAUGACUGACCUGGACGCUUCCUUGGGCCUGACCAGCUCCCCUGUCCCGGGCUCUGAGGGCCGGCCAGAGCGCUCCCCUCUGGUGCCUGAGUCUCCUCGCAGGAUGGUGACUCGGAGCCAGGAUACCAUCUUUUCCCCAGGCUCAGAGCAGGCUGAAAAGAGCCCAGGUCCCAUCAUCUCUAGAACUCGGAGUGGGGACUCAUCCAGUCCUGUGGACCGUCCUGAGCCGGAGGCCGCUAGCCCCGCCACCAGAACCCGCCCAGUGACCCGCAGCAUGGGAACAGGAGAAAGCGCCGGCCUGGAAGUGCCAUCUAGUCCUCUUCGAAAAGCCAAACGGGCUCGCCUCUGCUCUUCCAGCAGCUUGGACGCCUCUUCCCGAAGCUUCUUUGAUCCCACGUCUCAGCAUAGAGACUGGUGCCCUUGGGUGAACAUCACACUCGGUAAAGAAACCAGGGAGAAUGGUGGCACUGAGGUGGACGUCAGCACUCCGGCAGAGCCAGGCUGGAAGGCAGUGCUGAACAUCCUCUUGGCCCACAAACAGUCUAACCAGCCUGCUGAAACCGACUCCAUGAGUCUCUCUGAGAAAUCAAGGAAGGUAUUCCGAAUAUUCCGGCAGUGGGAAUCUCUGUGUUCAUCCUGAAGAUAUCCCAGCCCUUCUUGCAGAGAAGUGGAAUGAGUGGCUUUGAGAAAUAAAGCCUAAAUUCCUUUUUGAGCAGCUGAUGCUAAGUUUUUCUCCAUUCUGGUUUAAUCACAAGGAGCCCCUGCCCUUCCAAAGACAUGUGUGUCACCGCCUGCAUCUGACAAGAGGAAGCCUGUUUGCAGCAUAGGGAUGUGCAGGAGAGGCAGGCCGAACCUGGCUCUGGUAAAGGAGUGCAUGAUUCCAAAACUCCCCAGAGGACCCUGGCCUUGAGUGGUUUUCUUGUCUGAGGUCGGGGCAGUGUUUGAAGACUCUUAUGUCCCAGGAAUAUGUCAGUGUGUGUUAAUAAAACAUCUGUUAAGGUUCUUACA